AUGAUGCUGCCACCAGCGUGCUUCACCAUGGGGAUGGUUUGGGGAUGGAGCGAGGUUUUUGUCACGGAGUUUUUCACUGUGGGAGGAUGGUACCUGAUCUUUGGCUCAGGAACCAGACUGUUUGUUUCUGAUGAUGAGGUGCAGAAUCCCGUGGUGAGCCUGUGGUCAGCAGCAUCCAGAGACCAGCAGGAGGAGAAGAGUCCUCUGCUGUGUGUGGCCUCAGCCAUGUUUCCUCCUCUGGUCCGGAUCUCCUGGAAAAGACAGGACGACGGUUCUCUGGAGGAAGAGCAGCUGGAGAUCACAGAGCCAGGACGAACCAUCUCCAUCUUACUGAUCAAUCAGACCAUGAUCAACCAGGAUCAAUACCUCUGCUCUGUGGAGCAUGAGGGGGGCCCCACCUCAGCCUCAUUUCACAAAGACCAACAGAUCGACCCGUAUGAAUACUUGUGCCCCGGCCAGCAUGAGGGCGGCACACAGGAGGCACCGACUGGACAAGAUGAUCCUUUCAGGUCUGAGUGCAGGGUGAGGCUGCUGACUCUGCUGUACUCUGUGCUGAUAGUGAAGAGUCUGGUGUACUGCUGUGGACUUUGUCUGCUGAAGCUGUCUGCUGAGAAACCCUAAGCAACAACACACCGUCC